UCGUUUUCUUCAGAAAAGUUUGACAUAGAGAGAUUGAAAAGUUCUUAUUUUAAAUAAAAUACCUUGUGAUAAGAGUUAAAUAGUGAAUAGUUUCACAGUUUGUGAUUGGAUUUACUUGCUAAGAAUCUUGUUGGCAUAUACCGGUCUACUUACGAAUGAUGGAGUCAUUGAUAAUUUCUAGACUCCAAGAUAUAAUAAAUCAUAUCGAGAUUGUGACGAAACAGUGCGAAACAUUCUUACAAAAGGAAAUAAGUGAUAUUGACAAACAGCAAGCAGAAAUUGCUACCAAGAAAUUGGAAAAUCUUCAUUCUCGUUUUUCAACUGAAUUAAACAAUUAUUUUCGAUUGAGUAUCGAACCAUCUGCUGAUGACAUCUCAAUGUUUAGUGCUAUUCAAUUAAAUUCCGAGGAAAUUCUCAUAGAGUUGACCAUAAAGUUAAAAGAUUUGCGUGAAGACCGAAGUGAACGGUCAAAUAAAGCUACUUAUAGUGAAUUACCAAAAUUGAACUUACCUGAGUUUAGUGGUGAUGUGUUGCAAUGGCAACAGUUCUGGGACCAUUUCACAUCAAAUAUUGAUAGUAGACACUUACCGGACGUGGACAAAUUAUUGUACUUGAAGGCUUCAUUAUCUGGAGAUGCGAAGAGAGCUGUUGAAGGAUUAGAAACUACAAAUAGAAACUAUGAGAUUGCUGUAUCGAUUCUUAAGGAACGAUAUGGUAAGGAACAUUACAUAAUUGAUGCUCACUAUGCUGCCUUAUAUAAAAUUAAGGCUGCGGACAAGACUGCUGAAGAUUGUCGGAGAACUCUUAAUGAAGUAGAGCGGCAUCUACGAGUUUUAAAUUCACUUGGUGAGAAUACUAACCAUAACCAUCUGCGGUUUAUUAUUAUUGAAAAGUUUCCUGAAGAGAUAGUGUAUGAGUUAAAGAUGUUGUUAAAGACAGAUUCUAUUGAAGAUAUGAGAAAACAAUUAGAGAUUAUUAUUUCAGCAAGAGAGGAUGCUAAUAGAAUUGCUCAAGAGAAAAGUCAAAAGGAAAUUAGACAUUACACUGUUGAGACAUUCCACGGUACAGAUAGUGUGAACCAACAUAACCCGUCAAGCGGUUCAAGAAGGUUUAAGAUUCAAGAACGUUUUAAGAAUUUAAAGGAUAAACAUCAGGAUUGGAAAAUGAAAAUGAGAUUUGCUCCUAACUACAAAAAUAAUAAUUACAAUAAUAAUAGAAUGCUUCCUAAUAAAAGAAAAUUUGAAAAUUCAUAUGAGAAAGAUAUAAACAUGAAAAAACCAAGAUUAAAUUGUAUUUUCUGCUCAGGAGCACAUUACAAUGAUCAAUGUAAGACUGUAAGAACUAUUAAGGACAGACAAAUUAAAUUAAAGGGCCGAUGCUUUUAUUGCUUUGUUCAAGGUCAUUGGAGUAAGACAUGUAAAAUAAAUAAAAAAUGUAUACAUUGUGGAGGAAGGCAUAACAGAGCUUUAUGUCCAAAAGUUUGUGAUUCUGUGAAAGUGAAAACAUUGCAUACAAAUACUUCAGACAAAUCUGGAAAUUCUACAACGGUGUUACAGACAGCAGUAGUUACUGUAUUAAAUGAAAAUAAAUGCGACAAAGUGAAUUGUCGGAUCCUUAUGGACUCUGGCAGUCAACGUUCAUAUGUAACAAAGAGGAUUGCUACUGAAUUGAAUUUAGCUGUAAUAGAAGAACACCAUCUUUCCGUCUUCACCUUCGGGACUGAUCAACCAUUGGAAUAUGAUAGUCCAUUAGUGAAAUUAAAUAUACUUACCAGAACUAACGAAGAAGUCGUACUGUAUGCCAAUGUUGUACCAACCAUUGCACAGCAUGUUAGUUAUUCCGGAGAAGAACUUUAUCAUUGGAAAAAUGAAUGUAUCUUAGCAGACGAUGGUUCACUUGGUGACCAAGUGGACAUCCUCAUCGGCAAUGACUAUUAUUUCAUGGUUAUAGACACAACAAAGAAACGAAUAAGUGAGAACUUAUUUUUAGUGGAUUCUAAAUUUGGAUGGAUGUUGACAGGGAAAACAGAAAAGAAAAAUAUAGAUAAUUUAUCAGUUAUUACUUACUUUCAAUCAAAUAAAGAAACAAAAUUGAAUAAACCGGACUUACCUUUAGACAACAUGCACCUGAAGAACUUAUGGGACCUUGAAUGUAUUGGAAUUACUGACUCUCCCAACACUACUAAAGAGGAAGAAGCUAUGAAGAACUUUAAUGAUAACACAAAAUACAAGGACAAGAGAUAUUUUGUAUGCUGGCCAUGGAAUAAUAAUGUUUCAAAUCUACCUACUAAUCUUGGACUAGUGACAGGAAGAUUAAUCAAUUUAUUAAGACGAAUGGAUAAAGACACAUUAAAGUUAUAUGAUGAGACAAUUAGAAACCAACUUGAAGAUGGAAUCAUUGAAGCUGUUCCCUCUGAUGAAAUAGAUCACAGUAUACAUACCAUACAUUACCUGCCACAUCAUGGAGUAAAGACACCUGGAAAAGCUGUUCGUAUUGUAUAUGAUGCGUCAGCAAAACUGAAACAAGGAGUUAGUCUCAAUGAAUGUCUUCGAGCUGGACCAGUAUUACUAGAAGAUUUAACAGGAUUAUUGAUAAGAUUCAGAUCUCAUAAAACAGCAAUAACAGCAGACGUUGAAAAGGCAUUUUUACAAAUUGGACUUCAAGAUGACAGUAAAGAUGUUACUAGAUUUCUAUGGCUCAAAGAUAUAACAAAAGCAGCUACUGAUGACAAUAUUAUACACCUUCGCUUUUGUCGAGUACCGUUUGGGGUCAUCUCUAGUCCAUUCUUGUUAAACGCAACUAUCAAAUACCAUUUAAUGCAGUCGGCUAAUAAGGCUGUACAACAAGUUUCUGGUGACAUAUAUGUAGACAAUUUGGUUACUGGGACGAAAACGACAUUACAAGCGAUUACAUUAUACAACAAUUUAAAAAGAGAAUUUGAGAAGAUAUCUAUGAAUCUAAGAGAGUGGAGUUCCAACUCGAAAGAAUUUAAAGAGAAGAUACCAGAUGUACUUGACAAAGAAGUUGUCAAGGUUCUCGGCUUAGACUGGAAUACAAACAAAGAUACAAUCCAAUUGAGACCAAACAAUGUUGACUUACAAACUACUAAACGAGGAGUCUUAAGGACAAUUGCUUCUACUUACGAUCCAUGUGGAUUUGUUGCACCAUCGUUGUUGUCACCAAAAUUGUUCAUGCAAGAUCUGUGGAAAAGCAAAAUUAAAUGGGAUUCAAAGUUACCAAAAGAAUUAUUUGAAGAAUGGAGAAACAUAUAUAAUAAUUUAGAAACUGAACAGGAAGAAAUACCCAGAUAUUAUACAAAGGACUUUGAAAGUAAAGAAAAUCAGUUACAUUGUUUCACAGAUGCAUCAACGAAGGCUUAUGCAGCUGUAGUAUGUAUAGUAAAUGAAAAUGGCAAAGAAUGUUCAUGAAGUUACAAAGUCAU